ACUUCCGGAACGCCAUUUCUAAGAACAAAUAUUUUGUAGACGUGUCUGAGUCUGAAAGCCCCUUUUACAUGCUAUUUUCUAUUUCUCUUUCGUGAAUGCUUCAUAAUUACUUCGAUUAUGACAGAUAAUUGUGCGAAGCAAGACAAUUUUGAGGAUUUCCCUGACUUUCGGCCAGAUUGGGACAUUAACGAUCCUUAUUUCACCGAAUUCUUAAAUAUUCCUGCCGAUUUUUCUGCUGGAGAUUUAUUGUCAAUUGACGAUGAUUUAAUCCCUAAGGCAGAUGAACUCUGUACCGAUGUAAACAUGUCGGAUGCCUGGCGUCUAGAUGCAUCAGAUUCGUCAGAUAGCGGUCUAGAGACAUGCAUUAAACAAGAGCCUCUAUCCCCCACCAAUUCAAAUUGUUCAGAAUCAUCCCUGGAUUCAGGUAUCACUCCAGCGAUUCAGGGCGCUGGCAAGAAAACUACAAUUGCUCCAAACGUUCCAAUUGCCCCUCGUGUCGUACAAACUAACCCAAUAACCCCUAAAGCCACUACAGUAGUCAAAGUAGAAGCUGGUGGGACUCAACAACAAUUAAUUCUUAGGCCAGAAGAAUUAGCUCACCUAGCAAAAACAGGUCAACUUAUCAGUGUUUCACAACCAGUAAUUGAAAAGAAAUCGGUUGCUCAACAGCCUUCAGUGAACGAUGUACAACUGAGGGCUUUGAAGAAGCAACAGCGAAUGAUAAAAAACCGAGAGUCUGCCUGUUUGUCCCGAAAACGCAAAAAAGAAUACAUGACAAGUUUAGAAGAACGGCUAAAACAGACACAUGAAGAAAAUAUGAAACUAGCCAGGGAAAAUGCUGACUUAAAGGAACGUUUAAAUAGUACUCAACAGGAAAACUUAGAGCUGAAGAAAAAAAUGCUAUUAACUAGUGACAUCACUAAUAAGAAGAAGGGAGUUGCAGUUUUUGGAGUUUUACUACUUUUUACAUUUAAUAUGGCAUACUUUUUUAUUCCAAUUAAUCAACAGCAGUCUCAAAUACUAUCAGAGAGACAUGCUGGUGGAAGAAGCAUUCUAUCGUAUAAUGAUGAACCACCAUAUAAGAACAAUGCCUUCUCUUUUCUCAAAAGUAAUGAUGAAUUGAAAAGAAUAACUGCCGCCAUAAUGCCUAUUGAUCAAUCUAUAAUGUGUCCAAAGUCAUUUAAUGCUACUGAGUCGCAAAGGUUAGCGAAUGAAUUACGUGGAUGGGUGUUGAAUCAGAAAGAAGCGCAAAAAACUCCUCAGAAAGCUCGUAAAGUAUAUAGAAAGAAAUUGCGCUUUAAAAAACAACCAUAUCCGAUUCAGCUGUUUUCAAAUGCUGAUCGCUUUCAGAAACGCCUGCUAGAGGCGAUAGCAAGAAGAAAUGAUACUUUUUACGUUGUUUCAUUUGCCAAGGACAACUUAUUGCUGCCGGCUACUGCCCAUAACAAGACAAUGCGACCUCGAAUGUCCUUAGUCAUGCCGGCUUCGAAUUUGAAUGACACUCUUCGACCUCCUCAAGGAUCUGUUGCUAUGAUGCAAAUUGACUGUGAAGUGAUGGCGACUCGUCUGUUACAUCUAGAUACACAGUAUGCGUCUAAUUCUACUUCUCAACCAUCUGCACCAUGAGAACUUUUUAUUUUGUUGUUGUGUUUCUUUUAUUUGAAUGUUGUUAAUUUUCUGAAUGCGAUUAGUUAGUUAGUUAAAAAUUUCAUGUUUUCAUCUGUAAUGUGAUGAGUAAUAUUCUUCUUCUAAAUCAUAAAGUUCAUCCGCGAUUUCAUUCCUAAUUGCAAUUAGAGCGUGGUCAUGAAUUUGCUGCUUCUGAGUGUAACUCAUACGAGUAUGGUGAAUUACUUCAUUGACACUAACGAAAUCAUUUAGAAGAAUGUACUGUUUUAUAUCAGAUACCAACUUUAGGAGAGAUUCACACGCUCUAACCUGUAUUUUUAUUUUCAAAUUUUUCGUUAAUGUAAUACAAACAGAAUGAGAUGUUAUAAUCUUACUAUAUUUGAUGCUCUGACUUGCAUUUCAUACUGAUCUUGUUCAGCUUGAGUUAGUCUUGAGAUCUGGGAAUCUUCUUCCACUUUUGCCAAUUUUAUUAUUUCUACAUAAUUAUCAAUUAUAGACUUUAUAUCGUCUUUUAGCCGUUUCAGAUAGAAUUUCAAUAUAGCUUCUUUACUUUGAGCUGAUGCGGCUUUUGGCUGUUGUACUUGAGACAUUGUCUUGCUGGUCGAGUAAUAAAGACUUCUAGGCCGAACAAGUAUAUUUCGCUAGAG